AUGGCGAGACCUCACGAAGAACUCUACGAAUUGUGCGAUUGCCUACGCUCUGUUAGCGUUGGGCUAGACUCAUACGAGCCUGAAUCCCAAGACCUGCCAAUCAUCGACUCAUCAGAAGAAAUGGGUGAAAUUGGUGUAGUAAAGACUCAGAAUCGAGAAGUAUUACCUGGGUUACGGUUUCUACGAGAAGAGGUGAAACGGGACCUGCAAGUUCUCCAAAAGUUUCUCGAUGACCCAGAAUCAACAUCUCUUCCUCCUCUCUCGACCAAUGCACCAUAUCUCGUUGCAGUAUGGCAGGAACUGCUUCAGGCUCGCGGAGCUGUUGCUAUAUAUCGGACAUUCCACACCACCGCUCAUCCUCAGGCCUCCCGUAAGCCCAAGAAUGGCUCAGCCAAAGAGCAUGGCGUCAAGGUCGAUGUGGUCGCUGACAACGGGAGACGUUGGAUCAGAGUCAAUACGAUAAAGAACAGUCGCAUUUUAAUGGAGUUUCGCGAAAUGGACUCGUAUCUUACCAGCUCUGACGAGGACGACGGCGAUGGGCACUCUCCGCUCAAGAAGGAAAAUUUGAUAUCCCAAGAGUUUGACAAUUCCGUGCUGCGCAUGGGUCGUGAACUUCUGGAGGCUGCAAGGGCAAACCCUCAUGGUUUCAACGAGAUUCCUUCAGUUACAAUGCGUCUAACCCGACUGGAUCCUUCCCUCUCCGACACCAACCACGAAACGAGUGAUCCCAGAAUCGCUUACACAAUCGACUGUCUCCAGAGAAUGGGCAUAGAUGUCCAAUUAGGCGAAAGGCAGGACAUCGUAGAGGAGAUGGAAAACACUUCUGCGCAGCCAAUAAUUUUCGAGCCCACCACUCAUAUCAACCUCGAUCUCUCAGCAUUGAUAGCGCUUAUAUCCGAUACCACUCACUCUCAUCUGCCUCGUGAUCCAGAAGAUGCCAACGCACGAUUCAUCCCGCCCCAACGAUAUGUAGAAUGGAAAAAGCAGCGAGUACGAAUGCUUUCCGAUUCUCCAGAUGCAACAAGCACAUGGGAGGACUCCGGAAUUCACUCAAAAGUGUUGGCAGACCAAGCCCAUCAAGAGAUGAAGAAGGGCCUCUUGCAAGAUAUGCACGAUCGCUUGAGAUCCAUCUCCCCUGAUCUGCAAAAUAUCCAAUUCUGGACAACACAAGAGGCUCGCCAACGUUGUCUCCAGAUCGUAUUCAAGAUCGCGGGCACGAGAGAACGUCAGCGCGCCGAAGCACUGCUCUCUUGUUCUAUAUGUUCUCAAACGACUGCCAUACCCACCCAUAAUCAAUUCUGGGUGCAUUCACGAUACCCGUCUAAUUUCAUUCCAUUGAUGCCUGUCAGGUUGUACCCAUCUUCAGAGCCCGAUACCACUUCUCUCGGGUCCUUUCAAUCAAAUCCUUCAUCACCUUUCAUGACGUCCCUUGCCUCGACCUGUUGGAAUAUACUAUCCCAAGAAGAUAUCUCGAGACUUCGGGAAUCACAAAGUCCGCCUAGCCACUCAGCUGCGCCUUACUUAAGUAACGACGAGGGUGAGAUCCCACCGGCAGCAGUUACUUUGGCAAACCCAAAGCUCACGGUCCACACGGUCCAAAGUAUGCUUUGGGGCGCAGCACUUGGAUGGACGACAUUGACCACAAAUAGAUCCAGUGUGAAAGUGCUCCUCAAAGAGAUGAAACGAUCCACUGGAGGUAGCGCGUUGACCUACGAGUUCCCUGAUGGAGACGAGACCGCUCGCGCGUCCAAAGCCGCAAUCUGGAUAGUGAAACCACGGAGCUUAGCUGAAGGAUCACGAUCAGAUUGCUGUAGCGAGUGA